ACGGCUCUACCGCAAUCAGUAGCCAACCGGCAGGCCUGAGAGACCACCAUGAAGUACUUCUGGGUGUUAACCAUUGCCGUAACAGUGACAUGUUGUUUAGGGUUGCCAGCUGAGAAACUCUUCGGGUGGCCCGAUAACCCCUUCGACACGGAAGUGUUUGGGACGUCGCCCCGAAGGGACCUGGACUUCACCCAGCUGUGUGAGUACGACGGCUACAGCUGUGAGACCCACAGUGUGACCACAGAAGACGGCUAUGUCCUGAGCAUGUUCCGUCUGCCGGCGCCAAGUAACUGCAGUGGAGAGCGAGCGCCGCUGAUGUUCCAACACGGGCUGUACCUGACGGGCGACGACUGUCUGAUCCCUGGUCCUGGCAAGGCUCAUUGCUACAUCUACAACGACGCCUGCUACGAUGUCUGGGUCCCCAACAACAGAGGGAACCGCUACGGAAGGAACCAUAUAAGGCUGAACCCGGACCGCGACAGCGCUUUCUGGGACUACUCUCUGGAAGAGCAUUCGUACAAAGACUUGCCGGCCGCCAUCGACUACGUGCUUAAAGAGACAGGAAAGGAGAAGCUGGUCUUUGUUGGACACUCGCAAGGAGUGACGAUGCUGAUGCUGCUGUGCGCGGAAAAGCCGGAGUACAACGACAAGAUCGAGAUCGGGUUCGGUCUGUCGGUGACGGGGUGGCUGGACCACGCGCGCUUCCCGGUCAUCACUCUCCAGGAGCUGCUCACUGGCCUCCUGACCAGCGUGGUAGACCUCGGAGUCAACGCGGAAGUCCUACCCCACGGGGGUCUCACUAACCAAGCCGCAGAGUUCCUCUGUGGUAUAACCACCUUGACAUACCCAAUCUGCUCUGUGUUCGUGUUUGCGAUGCUCGGGUAUAAUGAGUUCCAGAUCACAAAAGAGGUGUUGCCGGUCGUGGUGGGACAUGUCCCUGGAGGUACCUCGAUAAAGAACUUCAACAGAUGGGGUCAGCUCAGGAAGAAUGGGUUCACGAAGUAUGACCACGGCUGGUUAGGAAAUAUCAAGGAGUAUGGCAACCUAUCGCCUCCGGAGUUCGACUUGAGUGCCGUCACGAUGCCGUGGGUGUUCAUUGCGAGUGAAAACGACUAUGUUGGUGAUGUCCGCGAUAUUAACAAGUUAUUGCCCAAACUCAAGAAUGUGAACAUGUGCAUUCUGGGAGAUAAGACAUUCGGCCACUUGGACUUUAUUUAUGGUAAAGACAUACCGAAUUACAUCACACCGAAAGUACUGUCUCAGUUGGAGAAAGGAAGUUUUGAAUGUACAUAGAGAAAAAACUCGAAAUCUAGUCAUUCUACAUGGAAAAAUUAUAAACUAAAACGUGCCUUGUUCAAAUAAACAUUUAUAAAAAGCA